AUCUUUAGCGAUUGCCCAGUAGCGGUCCUCGAUACAGAUGAAAUGCUACCGUUUUUAUCACUCUGGGGGAGCCAUCCAUAAAACCCCGACAUAUAACAUCCCUUCCCCCUCAACAGCAAUCACGCUCGUUCCAAAUCUUUUAAUUCUUUUCGCAUUUUCCUUCCUCUCCAAUACCUCAAUUCAGCUACCGUAAUCAUGAAGUUCCCUGUGGGAGAGCAGUUCUUGGGCGCUGCAGUGCCUGCUCCUCUGGUCGGCUGGAUCCUCGAAGAAACGACGGGUUUGGUACAGAGGGGUGGUUUCCCCAGGGAAUCCAGAGUGAACUAUUCCGCUAUUGUUGUCAUAAUUGUUUUCCUGUUCCUUGCGGUUUCAAUUAUUGCGAUCCGCCACACCGCUGGGCUCUUGACUAUCCUUACUUCUAUUGAGAGCCCCCCCGCGGCUUACCUCCCUCUCGGCCAGAAUGACCACAAGGCGGUGGCCGUUCCUAGAAUCAACGUUGAAGAGAGGCACUAUAUCACAUCCUCUCUCUUCGGAACUCUCCGUCACUUGCGUUCCGAGGGCGGGUUCUUUGCUCUCUGGAGAGGAUUCAAUGCGAACUUCUUCCAUCUCAUCGCUCGGCUUUUCGUCAACAGGAUUUGCCAGAUUGCCCUUGGGGGGGUCUUGCCAGGAAUUCUUGCCAGGAUCAUCAGCAGUAUCAUCAGCAGUCUUGCAUUGGGAAGGUUUGCUAUGGUUUGCACGCAGCAUCAUCCAAAUCUCCAAGCCUCGGAGCACAACCUGGUUCACCCGACUGAUGUCAACCCCUUGGUCCACCGCCCGAAAGACCCUCCCAGCCCUUGCAAGUGUCACACUUCUUGCCGACCUCAUCGGAGGACUCAUUCACAGCCUUGCUGCCGCCGGGGUUGACGGACCCACUCGUGCCAUCGCCAUCCUAGCACCUUUCCUCCUCUUCCUCGGUAUUGUCCUCCCAGCAUCUGCCGCCCUGGUUCGUGUUCAGGCCUCUCACCUCCCCGAAGACAUCGAACCGAUCGUCCCGUUCGACCGCACCUUUGGGAAGACCGACGACAGAGAUUUGACGCUCGAGGAGGCGUGGCGGAGCAUGGGAAUGCAUGGGUGGAAGAGGGUUGCUAGGAUGUCUGUGAAGCUGGCACCUAUGACCGUGGUUUUACCACCCAUUCUCGUUUGUGGGGGGUUUUUCUUCGUGAGAACUUAUGCCGAGGUUCCUUAAAAGGUGGAUGUGUUUGAUAGUGAGGGGGGGGCUUUUGAAUGACACGGGAAAAUUGUAAGGUUGGGGACUUGAAGGCACUCUAGCGGCUUACGACACUUGGGAAAUUUAGUACAAAUUCUCUGAA